AUGAAUGAAUCAAUCCCACCCAACGUUCACAUUUCCACCCAUCCAUGUCUCCAAGCCAAACUCUCGCAAUUACGAUCCAGCGAAGCUAAUACUCGCGAAACGAAAGCUCUUGUUAAUGAGAUCUCAUUGAUAAUAGGGUGUGAAGCCACCGCCGCUGGACUUACUGUUUCUAAAGGUCCCACUGCCAAAACACCCCUCGGAUACACCUAUACAACAACUACUAUAACACCCGCCUCCAUUUCCCUAAUCCCCAUUCUCCGCUCCGGUCUUUCUAUGGUCGAAGCUCUCCAAACACUCCUCCCCUCCCCAACCCCAGUCCAUCAUCUUGGACUCUUCCGUGAACCCACUACUCUUGAGCCCGUCGAAUAUUACAACAAUCUCCCCUACCACGCACCCGCCGCAUCAUCUCCCUCCAACACCCCCAACUCCUCCGCUUCUGAGCUUGCAAUUCUGCUCGAUCCCGUUAUUGCUACAGGAGGAACUUGUGCUGCUGCCAUUCGUACAUUGAGGGAAUGGGGUGUUAAGAGAAUCAUUGUAUUGAGUGUGCUGGCUGCAUUGCCGGGCUUGCAAAACGCAGCUAGAGAGUGGCCUGAGGGGACGGAGAUCUGGUGUGCAGGUGUGGAUGAGGAGGUUAAUGAGAAGGGUAUGAUUAAACCAGGUUUGGGAGAUGUGGGUGAUAGACUAUUUUUGACCAUUGGAAAGUAA